AUGGACGACAGUCCAGAUUCUCAGUUCAUGUUAACCUGCCAAAUCGUCCCAUCAGUACUCCAACAAAAACUGCCAAAUUGGAACGUUCAGGCCGAUCAAAUUCCCAUUCCCUCAGAUAUUUCUCUAGCCGAUCCGACCUGGUACGUUCCACAGCCAAUUGAUUUGAUAAUAAGCAACGAGUUUUAUAACGACAUUUAUACCAGUAAGAUUCUACGCUUGGGUCAAGGAUUUCCAGUUCUCAAAGAAAGUUGUUUCGGCUGGGUAAUUUCCGGGCCUCAUACUAGUUCAUCCCCAACUGAUCAAAUUGCCUAUGUCGGGACCACCCUAGCUUCUAUCGAUUCGUCCCUCAAGAAAUUUUGGGAAGUAGAAGAAGUGUCCCCAGAUCACCUCAAAACUCCAGAUCACGAGACAGUCGAGAAUAUCUUUCAAGAAACCACUACCCGCGAUGGCACGGGACGAUAUAUUGUGCAUAUUCCUUUCCGGCCGGGUGUAACUCGCUUGCACAAUAAUCUUCCCAAUGCCACCAAGCAAUUUCUGCUUCUCGAAAAACGCCUAUCUAACAAACCAGAGAUUAAGACCCAAUACCACGCAGCUAUGCAAGAGAAUUUCGAUCUCAAUUUCUUUGAGAAGGUACCACCGGAAGAGAUCAACUCCACCUCCUAUUAUAUGCCACAUCACGCUGUCAUUAAGGAAUCUCCUGUUGGUACCAAGCUACGAAUAGUCAAGAAUGCGAGUUCCAAAUCGCAAACCGGGCUCAGUCUCAACGACGUAGCUAUGAUGGGUCCUAUUGUGCAACCGGACAUUGCCACAAUUCUCCUAAGAGACUAUCAUCGCAUUUUAUGGCGAUCCAAUCCAUCAGAGCCAAUUAGUCAUUACAGAGCCAGAGGUGUUUGCUUCGGUGUAACAACCUCUCCCUAUCUAGCCACCCGAGUGCUCAUAGAUUUAGCAGAAAAGGAACAAGUCCAAUUCCCACUUGCCGCAAAAGCCCUCAAGCAGAAUUUUUAUGUAGACGAUUGUCUCAUUUCCUUUCCAUCCAUUCCGGAAGCUAAAGAAUGUCGGCUACAAUUGACGGAGUUGCUUGCUUCGGCAGGUAUGACCCUUGCCAAAUGGUGUGUCAAUGACCCACAGAUAACUGAUCAUUCCGACCAAAGAGAGAGUUGCGACAUAUUCCCAGAAAAAUCCAAGGCGUUAGGCAUGAUUUGGCUUCCACAAGAUGACCAGUUCACGUUCAAGCUUACAAAAGAUUUUUCAAAGGCUAACACCAAAAGAGAGGUACUUGCCGCCAUUGCGUCCCUUUACGAUCCCCUAGGGCUGAUAUCCCCUGUCAUUGUAGUAGGGAAGUUGAUCCUACAAGAGAUCUGGAAGGCACAAAUCCCCUGGGACCAACCCAUGUCUUCCGAGAUUAUUACCAAGUGGAAACAGUUUGCCGAAGGUCUAUCUUCCAUUCAUUCCCUUCAUGUUCCACGCUCAGUUUCCGAAUUUAAAUCCCCAAAAUCCAGAGAGUUGCAUGUUUUCUGUGACAGCAGCUCCUUUGCAUAUGGCGCAGUGGCCUAUGUAGUCACUGAGAAUGAGACAGAAUUAUGCGCCACAGUUCUAGGUGCCAGACUGAUCAAGAAAAUUCAAGAGUCCCUCUCAUUCAAUGAGUAUUUUCCAUGGACAGAUUCGACGAUUGUCUUAGGACAAAUCAGGUCAAAGCGCGUCAAGUUUGAUGUAUUUACCACCCACGGAAUUUCUGAGAUCCAUAAGCUAACAGAUUCGUCCAAAUGGCAGCAUGUACCGGGAGUUUCAAAUCCUGCGAAUAUUGUUUCGCGAGGUAAGGCAGAAAAUUGGCCUGAAGACCCUUAUGGUGUCAUGUUCAUUGCCUCCAAUAUUGCCAAUGAGAGUCAAGUCCUACCUCCACAUCCAUUAGAAACAAUCCUCAAUAAAUCCAACAGCUAUGUUAAGGUAAAAAAUAUCUUAGCAUAUGUCCUCAGAUUCCUAACCAAGUCCACGAGGCGUGUUAAAGGUCCUCUCACUCCCACAGAAAUCCAUGCCUCAGAGCACAAGUUAAUAUCUUUUGCACAGUCUCAACACCUGUCCGAAGUGAGAUCAGCCAUUGCUGAUGGUUCUAUGUGGACGGGGAGGAAAUUCAACAAUGUUCGUCAUCUAACACCAUUCAUUGACGAACAGGGAAUCAUCAGAGUGGGAGGAAGACUUGCUAAGUCUCUGCAGGACUACGACGUUAGACAUCCUAUGCUGCUACCUAAGUGUCGACUUUCAACCCUCAUUACCAUGCAAGCACACAAGGACAACAUGCACGCCGGGCCACAGUUACUCCUAGCAACUCUACGCCAGAGAUAUUGGCCAUUAGGAGGAAGAAAUCUUACCUGUCGUGUUACCAGAUCAUGUGUCGUGUGUUGGAAGAAGAGACCCCUCAUGCUAGAACAAAGAAUGGGUGAUCUUCCUCAAGGCAGGAUAGAGCAUGUCGCACCUUUCAAA